AUGGAAGCAGCAAAAGUUGAUGGCAGUUUAGAUAAACAAUGCUGCGGAUGCUCGGAGAGAUUUAGUAGCGAGGAGGAACUGAGAGCACAUUCCGAGAAAACGCACGCACUCGAACCAUCUCCGUCGACUGAAGCGCGCCCCUUCCAAUGUGGUAUCUGCUACCGUUGGUUUAAAUCGGCCCGUGGCGUUCUAGACCACCGGAGCGACAGGCGUAACCGACACUAUCAGUGCGCGACCUGUGGCCAGCGAUUUAGUAGACCUUCGCGGCUGGCCGUACACGAAAAUCUGCAUUCCAAAGCAAAGGCAUUUGCUUGCGACCAGUGUGGCGAAACGUUUCACAAUCUCUAUGCCCGGCGCGUUCACAUCAGGAAGAGCCACGGCGGUGCCGUUAAAGACGGGCCCGUAACCACGGGCAACGAGUGCCAACAGUGUGGUAAAUCGUUUCGUUCGGCGAGCUACUUGAAAAGUCACCAAAAAUUACACGCCAACGAGGCGCCCCACAAAUGUACGGUAUGUGGGGCUCAGUUUAAACUGCCAGUUUAUCUGAAGUGGCACAUGAAAAUCCAUAGUGGAACGUACAGCUGCAAUCACUGCAACCUCGCCUUCAAAGGACCAUUCGAUCUGCGGGAACACCAGAACCGCCACAUUGGCUACAAGGAGUUCGUUUGUACAAGUUGUGACAAAAAUUUCUACACCAAAAAAGAGCUCAACAAACACGAACGGCGUACACACGAACGAAAGCCAAAGGCUGCUAAGAGCUAA